AUGAGACGUUCCAGAAGAAACGCUGGUACCGCUAGGAAGCCGAAAGUUAAAGUUAGUGAUGAUGACUUUGAGAGUGAAUCGGAAGAAUCGGCACCUGAUGAAAGUGGUGAUUUCUCUGCCAGUGAGGACGAAUGGUUACCAGGGAAAAAAGGAAACAUAAAGGAUGCCUCAAUCCAGGAUUCCGAAGAAUUGGGCGAUAGUGACGAGUUGGAUGAGAGUGAAGAAUGUAACACUUCGCAAGAAGAUGAGUCCGAUAGCGAUAAAAGUUCAGUUGUUUUUAAAGGAAAUAAGUCUUCGAAACAAACCCAGAAGCGAAAGCGACUUUCUCCGGGAACAAGAGAUGAGCUAUACAAGCGUACUAAAAAGCAUUUGUUGAAGGAAUCAGAUCCAAAGGUCCCUCCACUAAAUUCUAGUGUCUCUGACAUUUUACAAAAGUGUCAAUAUCAACGAAAGCGGAACCUAACUCAAAGUCAAGAAACUGAGAAGACAAAAAAGUUACGCGCUGAGGAUGAUUCUGAUAGUAGUGGAGAUGAUCACUUGGUCGAUCCAGCAAAGCUUGAUUUGAAUUCUAAGUUUUUUGAACCAGUGCAGCCGGUAAAUCCUGAACCUGUACCGCCACAGUUCGACUGCAAUGCCGGUAUGCGACUCACAGAUGAUUCCUCAGAUGAAGAGCUGGACAAGCCAAUACCUGCUUCAAUACCAAAAAUUGCAGCAGACAAACUAAUUACCAAGAUUAACGAGUCCUCAAGCGGAUAUUUGAAUUUCAACAACCAUGAUGAGUUCACAUCGAAGAUAGAAGAAGCCAAGAGGUUAUUAAAAAGUUACGAGUCGGAUAAAAACAAACCCGAUAUUGAGGGUGAAAAGAGCGCUGAUGAUCACGUUUCAAAUUUAUUGGCCCUGGGUGAGAUAGAAGCUGGCAGCUCGUCCGGGAGACGGUCUGAAUCCGGCCAGCAAGGUGGCAAUGACGAUAUAAGCGAAGAAUCCGAUUGGGAAGAGGUGGAAGAAAACCGAAAAAGUCAAAAAUCUAACAUUGAUAAUUAUCAUAUUUCUAUUGAAGUCGAAGGAUCCAAAACAAAGAAAAAACGCUGGGAAGAAAUUGAAAUGGAAUUAUACAUCAAGCGACAGAUCAAUAAAGUUAAACGGGAUAACCAGAUGGCCUAUCAUAAGACUAGUGUCCUUUGUGCUAUUGCCAUUGGACGUGAACUAAACAAAAUCGCUGGCUACCAUAGGCUAUGUGGCAUUCUAUUGUCCCUGAUGCAGUCGAAACAGUGCCAGAUAAAAGGCAAAGUAGAUGUAAAAACUGUGGAACAGUUAAUGAAGUGGUUUAAAGAAGAGUUUGAACUCUCCAGCCAACAAAUGUUGCCAUCAGAAAGAUCCAAUCUGAUGUUUAGUCUGUCACUGGGUUUAUUCACACGCAAGGUGGCUUGCAAAAGAGAUUUUUUGCUUUUAUUUCUGGCCUGUUUGAGAGUUGCCGGCAUAGAAAGUCGGUUGGUAUUGUCUGCUACUGUUCCACCAAAACGGCCUGCCAUGAAAGAUCUCUGUCCUAUUUCGGAACGACAGUUGAUUGCACAGUUCGAAAAGGAGUAUUGUAGGAAAAAUCCUAUCAUUACAAAGACAGAUGCUGGUUGCGAUGAGAAACAAUCGAUUUCGGUUAUACAAGCAGAUAAAUGUAAAGUAACAACGGGUAUCAAUUCCGUUGGAAAUACUGGGGAAGUAGUGGCAACUGCUGAUCAUACACCUUCAAUCAAAAGUGAGGAAAGUUGUGCCUCUAAGAGACCAAAAUCCGUUCGUGGACAACCGAAUGAAGCGGAAACGCUUACCAGAGUAACUAGAUCUCGUAGCAGGCAAUCUCGUGUUUCUGAGGAAAAUUCACCUAUGCAAUCGAAAAUUCGCUUCUCACUUACUCCCGAAAACAUUGUUGGAAAAAAAAAAUACAAAUCUACAACGCCCAGUCCGUCUUCAACAAAAGAGAAUCUUAAGCCAGUAAAGGGUAUUCUUCGAAGCCCUUCGCCAAAAUUUGCGAAAAACACUACUACGUAUAAAACAUGCCGAACAGUCGACAUUCCACAGAUGGAUGGCGCUAAUGAUGUGGAAUCAACUCCCAAUAGUGCUCCAGUAUCACGCAGGUUGCGCAGUCGUGUAAAAGCCAAAAAUGAAACGGACACAAUUAAGCAGGAUACACAUUUCGCUAAACGUCUAAAUAAUACUCCAACCACAAAAGCAACAGCUAAAGAGCAAAACAAUAAUCAGCCGGGGAAAGUGUUAAGGCGUAAACUCUAUUCUGUUAAUGCUGAUGUGAAAACCACGCCAGAAGAUUCGAGAAAAGUAACUCGUACCGACAACAAAAUUCUUACCGCAUGUUCUUCCUCUGAAAGUGAACCACCGUCACCAAAGAAGCCAAAAAAACUAUCUACCAGAAAGAAAAAACUGUCCACCUCAAAAAUUCCGAAGUCGGAUUUCGGCGACAGCGACUUUGAGCCACAAGAUUCAAAAAGAAACAAAAAAGCCUCUGUAAUGAAAUCGAAAUCAUCGUCGAAUAAAUCGUCGGAUAAAAAGAAAACUAAUACCAGCAUAAAAAAAGAGGAAUCGGAAUCGCAAACUCCUGGUACUGUUAUUUCUAACAAGACAGACUUAUGGAUCGAAUUCUACUCCGAAAAACUUAAAAAGUGGGUAGCGAUAGAUCUGUUUACCGGAAAAACUGAUUGUCCUGAAUACUUAGCGCGCCAUGCGACCACUCCGAUAAGCUACGUGUUUGGUUUUGAUAAUGAAAACCACGUGAAAGACAUCACACCUCGUUAUGUACAGCAUUGGAACACGGUAUGUCGAAAACUUCGUGUUGAAUCGAAAUGGAUAAAUAAAACUCUUAAACCAUUUUGUGCUGAGAAAACCGAAAAGGACCAAGCAGAAGACGAUGAACUCAACAAAAUACAUAUCGAUAAACCGUUGCCCACCACCAUUGCAGAAUGUAAAAAUCACCCGUUGUAUGUACUGAAAAGGCAUCUGUUAAAAUUCGAAGCUUUGUACCCUCCGGAUCUGCCCAGCUUGGGCUUUGUCCGCGGCGAAGCCAUAUACGCACGGGAGUGUCUGUUCAUUUUACAAACUCGUGAAAAAUGGUUCAAACAGGGUCGGGUUGUGAAACCGUUCGAAACGGCUUACAAGGUGGUGAAGUGCUGGAAGUAUGACAGGGAAAAAAAUGAAUGGCUCGGUAAUCAACCGUGCGACAUAUUCGGCAUCUGGCAAACUGAGGAGUACGAUCCGCCAACCGCAGAAAACGGUAUUGUACCACGCAACGAAUAUGGUAACGUAGAAUUGUUCAACCCGAAAAUGUUGCCGAAAAAGACGGUUCAUCUCCAGUUGCCAGGCCUCAACCGCGUUUGUAGACGUUUGGGUAUCGAUUGUGCUCCUGCACUUACUGGGUUUGAAAUGGCGCGUAUGCGAAUGGUUCCAGUUUACGAUGGAUUUGUAGUUUGUGAGGAGUUUGGCAAUCAAGUCGUGGAAGAAUGGUACAAAGAUAUGGAAGAAGAAGAACGGAAGGAACAGGAAAAGUUCGAAAAACGGGUUUACGGCAACUGGAAACGGCUCAUCAGGGGCCUGCUGGUUCGUCGCAAGCUGCAAAACAAGUACAAUUUUGAUAAUCUGUAAGCUCCAAGAGCAUCU